AGUACUUACUUCAACUUGUUGAUGCUGAUACGGUGGUAAUGGAUGAAGAUACGCACGAAACCAAACUAUUCGCGGCUUUCGAGCGCCAUGACGAGUUUGUAGCAGCUCAAAACAUCCUGCUAGCAGUCGAUUUGUUCGCAGAGCCCAGUCGCGACGAGGAAGAUGCGGAAAUCGAGUCCAGUCGGAAAUUAACGAUGAUUUUUGGAGAAUAUCAAGAGCAGUCGUAUCUGUUGGACCCGUAUCUUGAAAGCCUCGUGUUUCCCGUCGCUGGAUGCCUUAGAAAAUAUGCAAUGACCUGCGUCAAUACCCCAGGUGCUCAGUCUUCUCGUGACCGUGUUGAACGCCUCGCAGAUCUGCUUCAUAACUAUAUCAAAUUCCGCGGGUAUAAGACAAUAACUAGAUUCUUCCCUCACGAAGUGGCCGAUCUCUCAAUUGCCUUGGAUUUCAUUCGGUUACCGUCAGGGCCAGUAAAGGAGCUCAGUCAAUGGGGAUUGCGAUAUGCCGUGUUGCUCUGGCUAUCUCUCAUUUGUCGGAUACCUUUCGACCUACAGAAAUUCGACGAUACCACUCGUCCCGGCGAAACAGCGGAUGCAAUCGAGGUCGUUGGAAAGGAUCGCCUGAAUAUGGCUGGUUUGGAGCGUGAAGGAGUGGCCACCCUUUUGUCGCGCUUCUAUGCACGCAAGGAUACCAGGCAGCGAUUCGCGUCUUUCGUUGAGUGGUCAAUAACUGUCUUCCGCUCUUCGGAUAUCCUCCUGUCUAUAGGAGUAUUGCAAGUCCUUUGUGAAUUGGUCAAAUCUGGUUCCUCCGAACAGCUCCAGGCUUUUACGCCACAAUUCUUGGAAAUUACAGAUACCUUAGAACAGAGUGACACUUUGGCUAGCAACACACUAGUUCGAAAACAUCGCACGAAAUUGCUUUCGCGCGUCGCCUUGCGUCUGAUGCCUCCGAAGGUGUCUAGGUCCAAGUUAACAUUCCGUAGGCUGGAUGGUGAUAUCAGCAACGGGCCUGUCGAAGGAAAAAUAGAUGAGGACGCCGAUGUGCCUGAAGAAAUCGACACGAUUUUGGAGUCUCUAUUCAAGAGCCUCCAGGACAAGGACACGGUGGUACGAUGGUCAGCAGCCAAAGGCAUCGCUCGCCUUUCAGAACGCCUCCCGUCGGAUUUCUCCUCUCAAGUAUUAGAGACGAUUUUUGGUCUUUUUUCAAUACAUUCUGUAGCAGGAGCAAGUGUUUACGACACCCCUGCCAUUGCCGAGGCUACGUGGCAUGGUGCCUCUCUUGCGUCAGCAGAAAUGGCACGCAGAGGCCUGGUCGAACCUGCUGCACUAAAAAGUCUCUUGGCCUGGCUCUCGAAAGCUCUCUACUUCGAUAUACGUAAGGGGGCCCACUCCAUCGGAUCAAACGUACGGGAUGCUGCGGCCUAUGUAAUCUGGGCUUUAGCGAGAGCACAAGAUCCGAAAUCCUUCUCUCCCUAUGCCCGGGAGCUCGCGCAGUGGCUCGUUUCUGUGGCGUUGUUCGACAGGGAAAUUCACAUUCGAAGAGCGGCUAGUGCGGCCUUCCAAGAACAUGUUGGCAGAAUGGCGUUGUUCCCACAUGGCAUCGAUGUGCUUAGAAAAACCGACUUCUAUGCAGUGAGCGUGCGACGGAACGCAUUCACGGUCGCUGCUCCACAGGUCGCUGAGCACCUGGAGUACAGAUCAUAUCUGAUCGAACACAUCAUUUCGAUCACUUUGCGUCACUGGGAUGUUGCGAUGAGGGAGUUGGGUGCUCAGGCCUUGCGCCGGAUAUGCGAGCUCGACUUGAAGACAUUAGGGCUUGAGUGGGCUUCGAAGAUGGCGGAGUGUUUGCGGUCCGUUGAUGUAGCUGAUGUGCAUGGUGCACUUGCAGCAUUGGCAGGUAUUUCUGAAGCGUACCGGGCUCAGAGGAGCGAAGAAGAUGCGAGCAAUCGACGAAAGAUAUUUGCCAUGAUUGUGAUUGUGCCCCAAGACGUCGUUUUGGCACCACGCAAUAGCCUGGUCCUCGCGGCAGCGUGCGAUCUCAUUGCCAGCAGCUUGACACUACAGGAGGUGGAGCUUCAAGAAAAAUCGUCCGUACCCCAUUGGAGAAGGAUCGUAGAUCAGGGACUACGACACAGAAGCUCUUCCGUCCAACAAGCUGCUGCCGCUGCCAUGGCCACGACGAGUUCCUUGACAGAUUGCUCGUCAGAUGUGCACAGAUUAAUCAAGGACUUUCGCCAUGGUUCACAGUCCCUACAGCAAGGUCUGAGUUAUACUCUAGGAGCUCUUGAUUACAAUGCGCAUCCGCAUGGUUUCUCUGAGGUAGUCAAGUGUCUGUUGGAUAGUGUCAAUCCCAAUUCCCCCGCAAGAAUGGCAAGUAUUGAAGCACGUCGAAAUUGCUUCCAAGCACUACCCAAGAUCAUCGCGAAUGUACUGCCUCGCCUCACCGAAUAUCUAACCGCAGGAAGUAUGUGUGGAGCCUUCGACGCCCUUGACGGCGGACUAGAUGACUACACGAUGGAUGAGCGUGGUGACGUUGGCUCGUGGGUACGGAUGGCGUGCAUUCAAGGUCUAGCAUCGAUGCUCGAAGAUCUUUUUCGUGUUUCCGCAAGCAUACCUGAAUUUGCGAGUUACUUGCCUGCUGAGAGGUAUCACAGUAUAGUAGCCAGAAUACUCCGUCAGGGUGUCGAAAGAUUGGACAACGUACGUCAAACGGCGGGACAGUGUUUAUUGCGAUUGCUUCGCAUCCCUCUCCCGAGCGUUCCUCAUCAAGAGGAAUGGCGUAUCAAGGGUUCAGAACUCAUGAUGGAACUGUUUCUCAAUGACGCCACAGACGCUAUGACCAGCUGGAGUGUUGGGGAAUGGCUAUUUCCAAAAGCCGUGGAACUGCUCCGCGUACGGGAGUACAGACGAUCCCUACUGACCGGUCUUAUACACAGUGUAGGAGCUAGAACUGGAAGCACGCAUCGACCAGCAUCUUCGAGUCUCGUUUCCUUUGCGCAGGGUCUUCUAUUGGUCCCGGGCGAUUCUGACUAUAGUCUGCUCGAACUAUGUGAUGACCUCAUUGAGUGCGCACAAGGCAGAACGACGUCGAACGCGGUAGUGGUACCUGUUUUGCAAACUUUUAAUAUGCUUUUGGAAGCGGACGUGUUGUCUCACCUGUCUGACCUCGACAAUGGCUCGUCAAAACUUCAGAAAUUAUUGGACAUCGCGACGAGAAAUGUCUUGCGAUUGAAGAACAUACAGCGAGUGCAAGAGUCCAUGAAAAUCGCUGUCAAUCUGCUGAUCGUUUCCUCGGUCUCGAAAUCAUCCUCGGAGCGAAUCAUUGACUUCCUUUCUCACCCUUAUCCAAAGAUCCGGACAAGCACGGCAGAGUACCUCUACACGUUUAUUCUAAGCAGGGAUCUCGGCUGGGAUGCAGAUGAAGCUAUGGAAGAACUACUUCUCGAAACAGAAUGGUUCUCAGAAAGCAUGGAAGUAAAGGUGGCAGCCAGUCGCGUCUCGGAACUGCUGUCUUCAGCAAUUACCGAACGAUGAAAACGUUGAUGAGGUGUACGGAUGCAUGUAGAUCAUAAUCGUAUGAAUACCCUCGAUGGAGUUGAAAUGUUAUUGUAUGUACUUGAAAUAUGGGGCGUGUUGCUGUG